AUGAUGAACAACAACAACAACAACAACAACAAUGUGGCUUACAAUAACUCUGGACGCGGUGGGCAGAGCUCGAGCAGUUGUAACUCCGAGGAGGAGAUGGAAUGCUCGAACAACAAUGGAGACUCCUCCAAACUCGUUGCUAAGAAGCCGUCAUCGAAAGCCAGCCGAGGAUCAGCCACCGACCCUCAGAGCCUCUACGCUAGAAAGAGGAGAGAGAGGAUCAACGAGAGGCUGAGGAUGCUGCAGACUUUGGUGCCCAACGGGACCAAAGUGGAUAUCAGCACAAUGCUGGAAGAGGCGGUUCAUUAUGUCAAGUACUUGCAGCUCCAGAUCAAGCUACUGAGCUCUGAUGAGCUGUGGAUGUACGCACCGAUUGCUUACAAUGGAGUCGAUGUUGGGUUGAACCAGAAGCUCUCUACUCUUCUAUGA